UCUUGCCAUCAUCCUUUCCUCCUCCUCCCGCGUCCACGCAGAGCCUUUCAGCGCCAUGGACGACUUCGAGGACCACACUAUGGAGACCGACUACGAGACGGACGCCGAGGACGUCCUGCACUCGGAGCGAACUAUCAAAGAUCCCAUUCACGAUCAGAUCCCGCUGCCCGACUUUGCAUGCAAGUUUAUCGAUACGAAGGAGUUUCAAAGGCUGCGGCACAUCAAGCAGCUGGGGACGUCGUACUAUGUCUGGCCGGGCGCGGCGCACAACAGGUUUGAGCACUGCAUAGGUGUCAUGCACCUCGCCGGCCUAUUGGUCCAGCAUCUACAGCAAGCACAGCCCGAACUCGAGAUCACCAGACGCGACAUUGAGUGCGUCAUGCUGGCCGGGCUCUGCCACGACCUCGGACAUGGUCCUUGGUCGCAUGUGUGGGAUGGCCUCUUCAUCCCCGCCGCCCUCCCCAACCUCGAGAAGAAUUGGACGCACGAGCAGGGCUCGGAGAUGAUGCUCGACCACCUCGUCGCGCACAAUAACAUUGGCCGGCCGCAGAGCGACUACGAUUUCAUCAAGGCCUUGAUUGCUGGCGAGCACGAACGGGUCCCACACGAGAAAGCCUACCUCUUCGACAUCAUCUCUAACAAGCGGAACGGCAUGGAUGUUGACAAAUUUGACUACCUCCUCCGCGACUCCAAGAUGCUCGGCAUGAUGCACAACUGCAUCGACGCUGCGCGUAUCAUCCGCUCCGCGCGCGUCAUCGAGGACCAGAUCUGCUACGAGGUCAAGGAUGCGGACUCGCUUUAUGACGUGGGCGAGUUGAGGUAUAAAUUGCACAAGAAGAUAUACCAUCAUAAGACGGCCAAAGCCAUCGAGUAUAUGAUUAUUGACGCACUUAUACUGGCGGAGCCGUACAUGAAGAUCGCGCACCGGGUAUUCCAACCGGACAAGUACCUGCAUCUCACCGACGAGAUCAUGGGGUGGAUUGAGGCCAACGAGGAUCCGAACCUCAGGCCCGCGCAGAAGAUCCUCGAGCGCAUCCGCAAGCGCGACCACUACCGCCGCGUCGACCACGGCCGCUUCGGCUGGUUCGAGAUGGACAUGUGCAAGAAGUACAUCACCGCGGAGGCGAUUACGAGGGAGGCGCGCCAGAUCAUUGAGGAGGUUAGGCGCGGUGUCGCUCCAUCUGCCGACACCAUGUCGCCUGCUGCCGCUGCACCAUCUGUCUCCGCUACUACCGUCGACCCGAUCACCAGCGUCGACCCAAUCACCACCUCCGACCCUGCCACCACCUUCGACCCCAGCGCCACCUUUGACCCCACGGCCACCUCCCCCAAACCGCUGACCGACAAGGACAUGCCCGACGACAACGUGAUCGUCGCGCUCUCGCCGCUGCACUACGGCAUGAAGGACAAGAACCCGCUCGAGGGGCUCAAGUUCUACAACCGGAAGCUGAACCCGGACCAGGCGCGGCCCGCGGGGCCGGGCGACUACUCGACGCUGGCGCCCGAGGUGUGCGGGGAGGUGCUGAUCCAGAUUUUCACGAAGGAUAAGGCAUUCUACGGCGUCGUCCAAAACGCCUACCGCCGCGUCGUCGAGAAGGCCAAGUCCCAGGCGAUGUCGCCGCUCCUGGCCAGCCCGGAGAUCAAGCUCCCGACGCCGGACCUCACCACGGCGCCCUCGUCCCGGAGCCCCGCGCAGCACGUCACGCCGCCCUCGACGCCGCCGCCGAGGCAGUCUGGCGGUCCGAGCCCUGCGUUGUCGGGCAGUCCGCACGUCGGCCAGAGCCCGCACGCGCAUUUCGGUAGCCCGCACACUGGCAGUCCGCACCCCGGCAGCCCCCAUCCGGCCCCCGCUCCGCACCCCAGAAAACCGCUCUCGACGUUCAAGCAAAGCAGCCUCUCGGAGGUGCCGGUCACGUACGAUGGGACGCCGGCGCCGAGGAAGUCGCGGCGGCUCGGGCGGGUCGUGAGUAGCGGGAGCGAUGUGUUUAAUGGUGGGGGUAGUAGGGGUGGGAGCCAGGCGCCGCCGUCGACGAUCGGGAGGAAGCGGGACUCGCCGGACGAGGUGGGGGAUGAGAAGGGGCGGGAGGGGAAGAAGCGGCGAACGGAGGUGUAGGCGGAGGUCCGCCAGCUGGAUCUGCUGGCGCUAUGAACUCUCGGCGCCAUGACCGUUUUUGGCUGCAUUUCGGUCGCGAUUUUUUGGUUUAUCUAUAGACUACUGGCCCGCGGAUACCUGAUAUCUACCAACUCACAUCCUCCACUCUUUUACAGUAUAUGUUGCUCGUCCUACAGCGUCUACUACUCCACUAUCCGGAUUUUCGCUACCGUACUAUUCACCUGCUUGUAAUCCUUCUGUAUCUUACUUGCAGCGCUUGCUGCUCUUUAGGGUCGCCUAUUAUACGCAUUGCCGGUCGCUUUCGGUCUUCCGUUUCUCUUUGCCUGUAAUUGAUAGCACGAGAGACCUUGAGCUCAAAGAUGCUAGUAGGCCAGCAUUUGUGAGAUUCGGUGCGCAGGAUGCGAGACUGACACUGAAAUGUUCUACAUAUGCAUGAUUAUACUUAGUGAUUACUACGGUCAGGAAAACCGGACAUAGAGUAGAGAAAGAAAAAC